CCCCUGCCGCCCCGGCCCGCUCCAUCCGGGCACUGCCGAAUUAGCAUCGUGCCGAGGCACAACUUUGCCGCGGCCCCAGCGAGAUCCAGGCGCGCUCGCCGGAGGAAAUAUAGUCCCUACCAGGGGUCAGCUGGAGCGGGCAGCGGCAGGGCGCGCGCUGGGGGGCUGCGCGGGGCUCCCGGCGCCGGGGAGCCAUGCGCCGGGAGGCGCAGGCAGCCCGGGCAGCCGGCGCAACUUAGCAGCAGCCGGAAGAGUUGGGCGCAAGCUCGCCUUUCUUUCCCCUCGUCAGCCCCCUUUCCUGUCGGCGCUGCAGGGGGGGACUAGUGUCCCCCAGUGCCUGGACGUCGGAUCCGAGCUCUCCCGGUCUGGUCCCCGCUGAGCAGCACAACUUCCCGCGAGCUCGGGCCAAAGUGAGCGCAAAGUGCUGCCCAAGUUGUGGCGAUGGAGCUGCAAAGCCGGUCCGAGGCGCUCGCGGUGGAACUCGCGCGCCACCAGAACGGCGACCUCAAGAAGCAGCUCCACGAAAGGCAGCCACGGAUCGCAGCGCUCAGCGACAAACAAGCUUUGGGAACCACCACUGCAGUGCCUGUCACCGGUCCUCAGGUCAGCUCCCUGCAGAGGUUGGCCGGGCAAGGAGCAGCAGUGCUACCUCAGGUUAGGCCAAAGACUCUGAUUCCAGACAGCCUCCCUGUCACCCCGGGCAGGGACCGGCCACCCAAGCAGCCCCCAACAUUCCAAAAGGCCACUGUGGUCAGCAUCAAGAACCCCAGCCCAGCCCUCCCCACUGCCAACAACACCGUCAACCAUGUGCCAACACCCAGCAGCCAGGCCCUCACCGAGCCUACCGCCAUCACCUCACCCCUGAGCAGUGCCGGGGUGGCCUAUGCCAUCAUCUCCACCUCCCCCAGCAAUGCUGCCACCAUCACCCCCAGCACCACCGUGCCCGUGGCCAGCGACAGCAUCAAAGUGCAGCCCCUCCUCAUCAGUGCUGACAAAAAGGUCAUCAUCCUUCAGCCUCAAGUGCAGGCGCAGCCCGAGAGUUCAGCAGAGCCCCGGCCACCCACGGAGGAGCCACCUCAGGGAGCUCAGGCCACCAAGGAAGAUCAACCCCCCAGCCAGGAGAAUCCCGAGAAAAUUGCCUUCAUGGUAGCUCUAGGCCUGGUCACAACGGAACACCUGGAAGAAAUCCAGAGCAAGCGUCAGGAGCGGAAGAGGAGGAGCACGGCUAACCCCGCCUAUAGCGGCUUCUUGGAGACCGAGAGGAAGCGGCUGGCCUCCAGCUAUCUCCACAACCCCCUGUUCCUGACAACACGAGCCAAUGAGGACCCCUGCUGGAAGAAUGAAAUCACCCACGAUGAAUUCUGUGGUGCCUGCAAGCGAGGAGCCAACCUACAGCCCUGUGGCACCUGUUCAGGGGCCUACCACCUCAGCUGCCUGGACCCGCCUCUUAAGACGGCACCCAAGGGCGUAUGGGUCUGCCCCAAGUGCCAGCGGAAGGCCUUAAAGAAAGACGAGGGUGUGCCCUGGACCGGGAUGCUGGCCAUCGUGCACUCCUACGUCACCCACAAGACAGUGAAAGAGGAAGAGAAGCAGAAACUGCUGCAGCGUGGCAGCGAGCUACAGACUGAGCACCAGCAGCUGGAGGAGCGGGACCGGCAGCUGGCCUCAGCGGUGAAGAAAUGCCUGGAACUGAAGACAAGUCUCCUGGCCCGCCAAAGGGGCACACAGUCAUCGCUGGACCGCAUCCGGGCCCUGCUGAGACUGAUCCAGGGUGAGCAGGUGCUCCAGGUCACUAUGGCAACCACCAGCCCCACCCCACUUCUGGUGGGGCCCUGGACCAAGCCUUCCACUACCACUAUGCGCACUGCCCUCCAGCACCCCCAGAGCCACAACUGACCCCAGGGACCUGAAUUACAACUCAUGGAAAGUUACUGGGACCUUGCUCUCAAGACCUGGGGGAUCUGUCGGCCUUAAUUCAUAGACUCUAUGAAUUUUAGACAAAAAUAAACUAGACAGAGUGACGGAGAGAAAAAGGAGUGAGCUGGGCAUCCUAGAGCCAGCAUGAGGUAGAUCCCUGUACCAGUUGCUGGGUCCACCUGAGGGUGUCUCAGACCAAGGCACAGGCAGCCCUCACCCCGAGCUGUCAUGGCCAGCUCUCUCAUUGCGUUGUCCCCCUCAGGGGAGGAAGACUUUAGCCUGUGGAGAGGCAAGGGACAACAGAUAGCUGGUUAGUGGGGGUGGCAGGGUGAGCCUCUGGUAUGAGAGAGGAUAGCUAACCUAGGUAGUUCUUCAGUGGCCCUGGGGCUCCCUGUGACCCACUGGCCCCUAAUCCAUCAGUAUUACUAUGUUGAAACUCAGUCAUUUAACUAGACAAAUGACAGGCCAGCUUCUCCUGGGGUCACUGCUGCAUGGGCUGCCAAACCUGGCCUCUGCCUCAUUCUUCCCUGGCUCACGCCCUUGCUGCAGCCCACUUCUUCCUAUUGCCAAUCUCUGGAAUGUUCCUUCUGGAGUUCUGGGUUAGACAGAGCAGUCACCCACCACGGGAGGCCUGUGGCAGGUUUCCCCUCAUAAUGGAAGCCUUUAGCGCACUCUCCAUGGUAGGAGCUGCCAAGCAUCCUGCCCACUUCUUGCCAGCUAAAGACACUAUGCCAAAAAGAGCUUCACACUUCUUGUAUAGCGUUUUCUGUUGUACGAUCCGUAAUGUGAACUUGCACCCCGCCUGCCUUCCUCUGCACCUGGUAGCCUCUGCUCCAGUACAGGAAUGAAGUAACCUCCUCCCCUGAGAGGGGCCGGAUGGAGCGCCCAGAAGGGAUCUAGAGAUCCAGGAGGAGGCAGAGAGGGUGGUGCAUUUUGGGGGCCUGACCUUUGGAGACUCCAGAGCCCUCCUCCUCAAUGCUGUCUCCUCAUUUGCAGGGAGUGCAGGUCCCUAAGCACCCUGGGGGUUCCUGCACCUCUGUGAGCCAUGCAGCCCACUUUGCAAGCCCCACCCUGUCCUGAGGGACACAGCACAACCCAUACACGAUCAGGAGCCCCAGGGCUCCCCCGAGCAUAUCACAUGGUGCCGAAUUGUGGCGGGCACUCGUGCCCGCACCAGGGCCACGGCUGCACACCUGUGCCCGCAGACACACGUGCAGAGUGGGAAGGCUGGCUGCGACCCCACCGCCAGCUACUGUCCCUCCUGUCAUUUUUCACGACUCCGGGAGAAACUGUGCUGUAGGAUACAAAUCUAUUUUAAUACACGUUACACUGGGUUGAACAAGAUUUUUAUAUUCUUUUAUCGAUGAACGGCGUGCGCCGCGCGAGGUGCACGCCUAUAUAUUGGUUACGAGGUGCCGAUGACGCAUUACCGCGUGGCUGGUGACCGUAACUGUCUUCAGGUUCUUCUUUCUUUGGUUUGAUUUGCUUCUUGGAUGCAUUGAGUUCGAUUUUGUAAGAAACGUGGGAGGAUGUGGAAGUUGGACCCGGGAUGGGGAGCUGCUGACGUGUCUUGAGACUUAGUUUUUUUGGGGAGGGUACCAAGGAGGAUAGUGGCUAGAGAAAGUGUUUGUCUUAAAUAUACCAGUGUAGUUUUUCCUUCUAUAUGAUGCAUUAAACCCAAUUUCAAAGCCUGAUGGUCCUGUGUCCUUGCUUUCAGUGUGAGACUCUGGGGAACCCUAGAAACAACUAAAUGGAUUUCAAAAACAGCUAAGAGUUACGUUUGUCCCCCUACACCAAAGGAAAUCUGAGAGGCGGCAGAUUGUGAAGAUCACCAAAACUAGCUUGGCUGGUCUCUGCAGAGUGCCUGGGGCCUCACUCACUCAGGCUUCUCACCUUGUCCUCUCCACCACUCAUUUUGCCUCCUGGACAUGAGCCCACUGCUACCCCAGUGUUUUCUUUGAGAGCAGGCUCCUGGAAAGGCAGACCGCCAGCAUGAGCUCCAGACCCUUCCAAGGGGCUUGAAUCAGCCUGGAGAUCAGGGCUCACCUGUGCACCUGCCGCUGAUCUCUUGGAUGCUGCGUGUGGAGCUGGGAAUAGAAACAUACAUGCAUGCGUGCACCCCUACAUACACACACACACAUAUGCACGCUCAUGCACUGUAAGGCUAGACAGACCAUCAAACGUGUUCACUGUAGCCAUGGCCUAGUGUGCUUGCUCGGCGGGGAGCACACAGUUUGAGGGGGGUCCAGAACUCUGCCUGCCCUGUCUACAUACUCCCCACCCUUCUGCCUCCUGAGCAAUCUUCACACCCUUCUUCCUGGUCCCCAGAUCUCUCCUGUUCUCUAGCCCACCCUCUUCCCCAUCCCAAUGCUCCCCUAGGACAAUCUUCAGUCAGUGACUUUGGAACAGAUCCAGUGGGUGCCCUGCUCACACAGCCCACGGGACUUACUAAUGACGGUCCACGUUGAAGCAGCCCACGUGGCUCUCGAGUGACUCCAGUGUCUACUCUAGGCUGCUCCCGCCUACCUGGCCCCCCUAUGCUGGAGACCCCCCCCAUCUACAUCAGCCUCUGCUUUCUGCAGAACUCCUUGGACAGCUGUCCCCUCAGUUCCUGUGUCUACAUAGGAAGCCACCCCGGACUGACGUCACUAGAGGACAUCUCAGCUUCAGCAUAGGCUCCUUCCCCAGCAGUGCACCAGGAGUCACCCCUGAUCCCGUGACUUCCACACCCAUCUCUGGUAAAUCCGCCAGCUGUGUCAUGGAGACGAGAGGAAUGGGACCUAUCUCCUGGUUUGUUUGGUGCUGUGACAAA